CUUGUAAUGCAAUCUAGCCACAUAGGGUGGUAUCUAGUAUCGAUGUGGCAGUUAUUGUCAGGAAGGUUCAACAAAUAUUCAGAGAAGCAUCUUCGGCUCAAUUGUUUUUUGCAGUGAUGAGUAGGUCACCAGUACUACUAUAUGGUUGUAUUUUCAGAAACUACGCUGACUCAAUACUAGAGAAUGGUAAGAGGAUCAGCGGUUUACCCGUGAUAGUAUUAUAUGACAGCGUGUGCCGAAACGUGCAGCUUUUUUUUAACGUGCUCCCGUGCGCUCGUGUAAUCGUGUUCCCCCGAAGCACCGCUGCCCCACCCCCGCCACUUCGAGACCGGCUUCCUUGCGCCGGCACUCCACGCAACCAAAACCCGAGUAGACUGCACCGCACGCAACGCGACGACACGAAAGCCACCGAUCGACCGGCGCGGCGACCGGCGAAGGAAGCACCGCGCGCGAGAAGAUUGGUUAAUCAAGGGAUGGUGUUCAGCAGCGCGUGGCUGGCGGCGGCCGCGCGCGUCCCGGCGGAGCUGUGCCAGCGGCCGGGGCGGCGGAGGCUGCGCGCGGACGAGGUCCUGCGCGCGCUUUUCCUGCUGCCCGCGCGGGAGCUCGGGCGCCUGGCCGACUGCCUCGUCGCCUUCUUCUGCCUGCCCCUGCCGGAGUACUACGUGCCAGGGUCCGGCCGCAGCGGUGGGUGGGUGGCGCGUGUGCCCGGCGCGGCGCUGUACACCUACCAGAGGUCGUUCUCGGUCUCCUCGUCGUCGUCCUCAUCCUACACGUCGUCGAUGUCCUCGUCGGAGGAGGACUACUAUUAGUCAGGACUCAAGAAAGCUGUAAUUGUUUGUUGCAGCUCUGGCAGAUCCAGAGUCGCCGGUUAAGGGGUUCUCCCUCUUCUACUUUCUUCUUUAUUGUCUUCCCUUCUUUCUCUUUAAUGCCAAAAAUUUAGGGGGCUUGGAAGGGCUCCGGUGUGUCCGGGGUAUGUUCACCGUUUACGAGUGAGUACAAUGUAUCUUUUCAUAGAAUUGAUCGGUUAAUUCUUUGUAACAUAUCUAUGUGUCAGAAUUUCGAAAAUAAAAGUUUUAUAUCCAUGUCAGCUA